GCUAGGAUGGGUGAGCAAAACAAAAUCAUUUUUGUCAGUUAAGGGGCAGAUUUCACAUGUGAGACUUUUUCACUUUUGUGAGAGAUUGGGUUGAGAGGAGACUAACUGAGACUCAGAGUUCCAAACAAGAAGACACACUUCCACUAUGCACACUCCUGCAUUACAUAAAGUAUGAAAGCUGUCUGCCCCUGCACAGUAUGUCACUCAGUCAGCCAAAAGGCAUGUUUCGGUUUCUGCUUGAAGAAGUAGAUGGCAUCUUCAGUCUCUGGUAUAGCAAAAUAGAAAGUGGACCCCUUAUAACAAAUUCAAUUUGUGUUUUUUUUUUUAAUUAAAAUUAGAAAGCCUUUGAAAGCACUUUUCUUUUUUUCAUUAGUCACACAGUAAGACAGCAUUGCACCAAUUUUAGACUUGCAGAUUAGCAUUUCCCUACAUCCCACAUAGCUGAAAACUACACUGAGACUGACCACAUAAUAUAAUAAAAUAAAAGGCACAAUUUUCAGAUGCAAAGCAGUUGCACAGACUGAAGCACAAGGCUGUACAAGGAGGGGUUCACACAAGUAAACUGUUAUCUGAAUAAUGUAUGUAUAGAUUUAAACCGAAUUUGCUUUUAGCUAAACCGUCCCCAAGCUAACUGUUGUUUUUUCUUCAAAGGCUGCCAAGGUGCCCUCAGCACAGUCCCUCAAGCUGCUUGACUUCAGCUUCAGCGACUUUGAGCUGUCAGAUAUGGAAACAACCCUGGCCACAAUCCGGAUGUUUAUGGACCUCAACCUUAUGCAAAACUUCCAGAUGAAGUAUGAGGGUCUUUGUCAGUGGGUUCUCAGUGUGAAAAAGAAUUACCGGAAGAAUAUUGCUUAUCACAAUUGGAGACAUGCAUUCAACACGUCACAGUGUAUGUUUGCUGUUCUUAAAUCUGGAAGGAUUCAGAAUAAGCUAAAUGAUCUGGAGAUGUUAGCCUUGAUGAUAGCAACAUUAUGCCAUGACCUAGAUCACAGAGGAGUAAACAACUCCUACAUACAAAGGAGUGAUCACCCUCUUGCUCAGCUCUACUGUCACUCCACAAUGGAGCAUCACCACUUUGACCAGUGCCUGAUGAUACUCAACAGUCCUGGAAACCAGAUUUUGAGUGGCCUUUCCUUAGAAGAGUACAGAACCACACUGAAGAUGAUUGAGAGAGCUAUUCUUGCCACAGACCUAGCCCUCUACAUGAAGAAAAGAGGGGAGUUCUUUGACCUUACAAAGAACAAUCAGUUUAUGUGGGAAGAUGAACACCACAGAGACUUGCUAAGGUCAAUGUUGAUGACAGCCUGUGACAUUUCUGCAAUAACAAAGCCUUGGCCAGUUCAACGACGGGUAGCUGAGCUUGUUGCUACAGAAUUUUUUGAGCAAGGAGAUAAGGAGAGAAAAGAGCUCAACAUAGAACCUAUUGAUCUAAUGAAUAGAGAUAAGAGGGAUAAAAUUCCCAGCAUGCAGGUGGGCUUCAUUGACGCAAUCUGCAUACAGCUCUAUGAGACUCUGGCAGGGUUGUCGGAGGCAUGUUCACCAUUACUUGAAGGCUGCAGAAAGAAUCGGCAGAAUUGGAAACUUCUGGCAGAGCAAGACGAGAAAAAGUUGGUCAAUGGAGAAACAUAACCCCAGUGGUGGGCCUUCGUAGGAACGGAAUCACCAUGGCUCCACAUGUGAUUUAAUCCUUGUUUAUAUCUGUUUUCCUCUAGCCAUUGGCAACAUUUUAUAGUUUUACUUUUUUAAAACCAUAUAUUAUUUUGUCAUUUUUUGCAUAAAGAGGCUUUCAAAAAAGCCAGUGUAGAUGAUAAAUAUAACAGAGAAGGAAGGGCCUGAGUAAAAAUCAAAGGAUCAAAAGGGACCAGUGCAAGGUUAUUUUAUUUCUGAACAGUGUAAUAAAAUCGUAUUGGUUGGCUGCAAUAAAGAUGCUGUAUAAUUAAUAUUAAACACUAAUGUCAAAAGCAAAAUUAUCUGGUCACUAUAUUUAUAGUUAGAAAAUAAAAGAAAACACUUGUCUAGAAUUCAUAUUUUAGAAGAAAAAAAUAUAUAUAUAUUAACAGAAAAGUUGGCAGAUCCUUUUGCUUUGUAAAAAUAUUUUUAAAAUGUCUAUAGGUUUUUCACUUUUCACUGUGUAUCCUUUCUGGCUUUGUUUACCCUUCUUUUAAUUAUAUCAACAUUUUUACUAAUAAGUGUAUUUUUUAUAAACUUUGAGUUACCUAUUACAUGUUUUAUAUGAAUGACUUGGUUGAUGGAACAGCUUUGUAAAUGGUUGUUUUUAUUUAAAACAUACAGCUGUAAAUAAACUUGAGUUUGACCAAAAAUAAGUUACACACCAUCAGUUUUUUAUGUAUACAUAGGAAAAAUAUGAGCAGUAGAUUAAUAUAAGUUAACCUUAUUUGCUUCCAGUACAUUCAUUAGCACUUUUUGUAGACUGACAUUAGUCAGUCGAUCAUUUGUUACUGUAUUAGCAUUUUCUAACUGGCUUGAAAAAAAUAUUGCACAGCUGGCAUUUUAAACUAUUGUAGUUUUGCAGUAUCUUUGUUUUAGAUGUACCUUAAUUAAAUAGUUUAUGCCCCCUUUUUUCUAUUGAUGAAGAGGACCUAUGAACACAGAAAGCCAGACUGAAUGUUGUGUGCUGUAGAAAACUGUCGUACCUCUGUGUACUUUAUUUUAACAGUUACUAAAAAUGUGUUGAUACUGACAAACACUGUAGUACAGUUCAAUGGUUAAUGCCAUUAAAAUAGUGUGGGUUUUUUUU